CAGUCUAGACUGUCACUAUCAGGCUUUGUCCUAUUUACUGGUGUGAGGAUUCUGCCAUUCGGCUAGCUUCUCUUAGCUUUACCAGAGCAACCUACAACCAGAACUCGCUGGGAUUGUAGAGAGCCCAGGGAGCUGCAGCAGGCGAAUGACUGAGAAUGGGCUACGUCUUGGCCCCAGGGUUUUGGUGAGGAUUGUAAUGCAAACUUCCUAUGAUGUCUAGGUUUCAGUCCGGAGAUAUCGAGAGCCCUUUUUGCAGCACCGGCCACUCCAGCACCGGGUCUCCCAUUCAAGGAGAAACACGAAAAAAGUCUCCCGAAUAACUCUCAGUUCUGAGACCAGCUUGCUCCAGCUACUUCUUCCUGUCCUCACCCCACCGCCACCGGGACAGCGCGACUACCACCCUUCCUCUGCGUCUGGGUGGAGAGGGUAAGGACAGGAGCUGACCAAUACCGCCCCUCCCGAACAGGAGGUGGAGAUCCCACGGGUCCUGCGACUCAACACCCACUUCCCCCUCCCUCUGCCCCUAUAUCACCGGCACCCCCUCCUCCUUUUCUUUUCCCUCCUCCCAGGAGACAGGGGAGGAGAAAAGGGGAGCUCCGGUCGUCAUGACUGAGCUGCAGGCAAAGGAUCCGCGGGCUCUCCACACGUCUGGCGCCGCGCCCUCCCCCAACCACGUCGGGUCCCCCUUGCUUGCACGCUUGGACCCGGGUCCCUUCCAGGGAAGCCAACACUCGGACGCGUCGUCUGUAGUCUCGCCUAUAUCGAUCUCCCUGGACGGGCUGCUUUUCCCUCGGUCCUGCCAGGGUCCGGAGCUCCCAGACGGAAAGACACAGGACCAGCAGUCGCUGUCCGACGUGGAGGGAGCUUUCUCUGGAGUCGAAGCCACUCGCGGGGAAGGAGGUAGACAUCCCAGAGCCCCGGAGAAGGACAGCAGACUCUUAGAUAGUGUCUUAGACACGUUGUUGGCGCCCUCGGGGACUGAGCGGAGCCACGCCAGCCCUCCAGCCUGCGAGGCCAUUACUUCUUGGUGUCUCUUUGGGCCAGAGCUCCCCGAAGACCCCCACAGUGUCCCUGCUACCAAGGGGUUGUUGUCCCCGCUCAUGAGCCGGCCAGAGAGCAAGGCUGGCAACAGCUCCGGGACAGGAGCGGGGCAGAAGGUGCUGCCCAAAGGGCUGUCACCACCCAGGCAGCUGUUGCUCCCGACCUCAGGGAGUGCUCACUGGCCCGGGACAGGGGUGAAACCGUCCCCGCAGCCAAAUGCGGUGGAGGUGGAGGAAGACGGUGGCCUUGAGACCGAGGGCUCUGCGGGCCCGCUACUGAAGAGCAAACCUCGAGCACUGGAAGGCACGGGCAGCGGAGGAGGAGUCGCAGCCAACGCGCCCGCGGCGGCCUCAGGAGGCGUCACCCUGGUCCCCAAGGAAGAUUCCCGGUUUUCUGCUCCCAGGGUCUCCUCUGAGCAAGAUGCUCCGGUUGCCCCCGGGCGCUCCCCACUGCCCACCACAGUGGUGGAUUUCAUUCACGUGCCCAUCCUGCCUCUGAACCACGCGCUCCUAGCCGCCCGCACCCGGCAGCUGUUGGAGGGGGACAGCUACGACGGCGGGGCCGCAGCGCAGGGCCCUUUUGCCCCAUCUCGAGGCUCGCCCUCUGCGCCAUCCCCGCCGGUGCCCUGCGGUGACUUCCCAGACUGCACCUACCCUCCGGAAGGUGAUCCCAAAGAGGACACAUUCCCUCUUUAUGGUGACUUCCAGCCGCCUGGCUUGAAGAUCAAGGAGGAGGAGGAGGGUACGGAGGCUGCUGCGCGCUCGCCGCGCCCCUACCUGUUGGCCGGAGCCAGCGCCGCCACCUUCCCAGACUUCCCGCUGGCGCCGGCGCCGUCACGAGCGUCAUCCUCCAGGCCCGGAGAAGCGGCAGUGGCCGGCGGCCCCGGCAGCGCCGCGGUGUCGCCUGCAUCCUCCUCGGGCUCCGCGCUGGAGUGCAUCCUGUACAAAGCGGAGGGCGCGCCGCCCACGCAGGGUUCGUUCGCGCCACUGCCCUGCAAGCCCCCGGCCUCCGGCUCCUGCCUGCUACCCCGGGACAGCCUGCCCGCCGCCCCGGCCGCCGCCGCAGCACCCACCAUCUACCCGCCGCUCGGCAUCAAUGGGCUCCCGCAGCUGGGCUACCAGGCCGCGGUGCUCAAGGACAGCUUGCCCCAGGUCUACCCGCCAUACCUCAACUACCUGAGGCCAGAUUCAGAAGCCAGCCAGAGCCCGCAGUAUGGCUUUGACUCCUUACCUCAGAAGAUCUGUUUAAUCUGUGGUGAUGAAGCAUCUGGCUGUCACUAUGGCGUGCUUACCUGUGGGAGCUGCAAGGUCUUCUUUAAGAGGGCGAUGGAAGGGCAGCAUAACUAUUUAUGUGCCGGAAGAAAUGACUGCAUUGUUGAUAAAAUCCGCAGAAAAAACUGCCCGGCAUGUCGUCUGAGAAAGUGCUGUCAGGCUGGUAUGGUCCUUGGAGGUCGUAAGUUUAAGAAGUUCAAUAAAGUCCGAGUUAUGAGAGGCCUCGAUGGUGUUGCUCUCCCCCAGUCGGUGGGCCUUCCAAACGAGAGCCAGACUCUGGGCCAGAGAAUCACAUUUUCACCAAAUCAAGAAAUUCAACUGGUUCCACCACUCAUCAACCUGCUCAUGAGUAUUGAGCCUGAUGUGGUCUAUGCAGGGCACGACAACACAAAGCCCGAUACUUCCAGCUCUUUGCUGACCAGUCUCAACCAACUAGGCGAGAGGCAGCUGCUUUCAGUAGUCAAAUGGUCUAAGUCUCUGCCAGGUUUCCGGAACUUACACAUCGAUGACCAGAUAACCCUGAUUCAGUACUCCUGGAUGAGCCUGAUGGUGUUUGGCCUGGGGUGGAGGUCGUACAAGCAUGUCAGUGGGCAGAUGCUAUAUUUUGCACCUGAUCUAAUCCUAAAUGAGCAGAGGAUGAAGGAGCUGUCAUUCUACUCGCUGUGCCUUACCAUGUGGCAAAUCCCACAGGAGUUUGUCAAGCUCCAGGUGACCCAUGAGGAGUUCCUCUGUAUGAAAGUCUUACUACUUCUUAACACAAUUCCUUUGGAAGGACUGAGGAGUCAAAGCCAGUUUGAAGAGAUGAGGUCAAGCUACAUCCGGGAACUGAUCAAGGCGAUUGGCUUAAGACAGAAAGGGGUGGUCCCCAGUUCACAGCGCUUCUAUCAACUUACAAAACUUCUUGACAGCUUGCAUGAUCUUGUGAAACAGCUCCACCUGUACUGCUUGAAUACGUUCAUCCAAUCCAGGGCACUGGCUGUGGAGUUUCCGGAAAUGAUGUCUGAAGUUAUUGCUGCCCAGUUGCCCAAGAUCCUGGCGGGCAUGGUGAAGCCUCUCCUCUUUCACAAAAAGUGAUGACUUUUCUUUGUUUUUGUUUUUCAAAAAUUGAAUUUUGUGGUGUGUCAUCUUUGUCUCAGUCAGGAUGGUCAGGUCUUAUGUCUUUAUAAAGUCCUUCUGAAAGCCUUACAUGUAUACAUAUCACACUGUAAAGUUAGGAGAAAACCAAUGAGAUUCUGAUUUUCCUUUGUAAUGUCUAAGCAGAGUUUUUAAAGUGUUUUGCACACCCAUAUUUUGAGAGUUUACAUGGUUAAAAAGAAGGACUAAAAUUGAUUGUAUAAGUAAACUAUAUCUCACCCAUGUUAUUUUGAACUUUUCAGAUGAAGGUCUUUAACUUUUGCAUUUAAUAGAUCUCCAUGAGAAGGGAAGAGAGACCCUACCUUUAAUUACCACAGGCUACCACACAGGCUACUGCUACAUAGUUCCUGUGGUCUCCCUGCUUAUAUUUCCAAAAAUUACUCUUAAAGUGGCAGCCAAAACUGUGAUGUGAAACAGAUUUUCAGAGGGUUUUUAAUUAAAAACAAAACAAGUAAACAAACAAAAAACAGAGAUGAGAUGGGUUGAUGGUUUUAACACAAGGCAAAUUGUGUUCAGGGUGUCUGCUUGGAAGCAGAUUUAUGACAGACAGAGUUAAUGGCAGCCAUACAGUUGCUGUGACAUUAUUGCAGGUGAGUUGAGGGGGAUAGCUUUAAAUAAGAAAUGUGAAUAGAAACAAAAAUCAUGAGGUCUGCUCUCUCAUGGGAAUCUCUGUGGUUGGCUGACCUUACAAGGUCGGUCUCCCUUGGUAGUUCCGAGUCCUUGCUUUUUAAGAAUGAUAUAACAGCAUUUCUUGACAAAUGCUUCCUUUGGCCAUAUAGUCUUAUUGACACUUUACCAAAGAAGGGUAGGGGUGGGGGAAGGGAAGGAGGAAGGAAGCCAAGGGUGGGGGAUAAAUACCAUUCCUUUCUUGGGGGUAGUGUUUUUCUCUAGGAAAAUGUAUAGAGUGAGUCUCAGGUGGAAAGUAUUUUUAGUGCCUCUAAAUCUGAAAGAGAUGCUUGAGAAAUAGACAAGUCUCAGGUGAAAAGUUUUGAGUGCCUAUGACCUAGUUCUAAGUGAGAUGCUUCAGGAAAUCCUAGAUACUUGCUUAAAUCACACAACCAGGUACGGUGAUGAUAAAACACGCAGUUCAUUUUGUCAUUUCUACUUAAAAUAUUCCUUUGAAAGACAGAUGUAGUUCUUUUCCAAGACGAGUCACUGGAGAUAUAUUCGUUUAAAAAAACAACUCACGCAUAUAAACAUACACCACUAUGGUGUGUCCAUAAAUAGUGCGUUCUUUAGCACAAUUGGAAUAGGGAUUAAAAUGGAGACUAAUCAGGACCCUUGCCUUGUGUUUCCCUCAUGCAUGUGGAAAUCAUAACAGCUUACAUGCAUAGCAGUACCUUGGUUAGAGUAGUCAAUCAAAGUUUUACCCAAGUACUCCGAUGGCCAACAUUAGUAAAUAGAUGCUCUUCUUACUGGUCUUCGUGCCUCCUUCUGCAGUAUGUCUGAAAUGCAUUACAUUCUUUACUGGUGCUUGGCUCUUCAUUAUCUCCAUACACACAUGCACACUUCACUUUCCAGGCCAAAGUGGGAAUCUGAUUCCUUGGGCUGUAUUUCUAACACUUAUUCUUUAAUUUGUCACCUUACUCUGCUGCGGUUGUUUCUGCUAUGCCAAUCUUUAUGAAAGAAAACAAUUUUCUGCCAGAAUUUGACUUCAGAAUCAUGCAUGUGUCAACCUUCAAGAACCCACCUUAUAAUUCCUGUAACGUCUUUCUCAGUCUCUUAUACAGUGAUUUGACCCCUCUUCUGUUUCCCAGAAGUUGUUUAAAUGAUAAUAAUAUGUAGCUGUACCAUUCUAAUGGUCCGUAGGUCUAGGGAUUAUGUUAAGGAGAGACCAUCGUGUUGCUUGACGAAGAGUUGACUGUGACAUUUGUCUUGCUGAAGGUCUCCUGAGUGACAUUGAUAAACCUCUUCUUGUGUCUUUAUCACCCAUUUUAUCUGCAACUUUGUUUCUCUUCAUUUCCAAGCUGUAUUUUUCCCUAUCCUGAGAUAACUUGCUUUUUAUUGACUACAUCAUGGGAGCACAUUUCAUAUGCCAUUAGAAGAGAAUGGUCUGUUUCCUGUUCUGAACUGAAUGAAUGGAACAUUACUUGCUUUUCUAUAAAAGAUUCUAUAGACAGUUAAGUACUCUGACAUGGUUUUAUAUUGUAAACCUCAAUGUAAAAAUUUCCCCGCGUUUUUUUUAAAUUUUACUCAACGAAUACUUUUGAGUGCCUAAUGUGAACAUAAGAAAAUGUGUGAAUAAGCUUUAGUAGAACCUGGAGCUAAAGGAAACUGUAUAUAACUUGAGAAGUUAUAGCCCAGGAGCUGUACAAAUCUAAUGUUCUCUAAGUGCAGGGCCACUAGAUAUUUUUGGUAUAUAAACCACAUCCAUAAAGUUUGAUAGGUGCAAGGCAUUACUUAUGUACAAGUUGGAUGAGAUAAAUGCUAAAAAAGAUAGUACUUUAAAAUUAAUAGUUAUUUAAUCUAGGCAACUGCCAGCAAUUCGUUUGCUUUAAACUUUUGUGUACAUUUGUAUAUUGGGAAAGCUUUUAAUGCCAUUUUCCAAAUAUAUAAUCACAAUAAAAUAUUUUUAAGAUAUCUCACAUAGAAUAUGUAGGGAAUUUUUGUUUUGUGGCAGUUAUAUUCAUUGUGAAUGACUGUGGCCAAGAACGAUAUUAUGCGUCCUUUUACUCAAGUAAUGGACCCUGAAACACUGGAUACAAUCAUUAUUCAAUAAUUCAUUAUUCAAUCAGUUUUCCUUUGAAUUAAAGGACUAAAUUUAUAGUAGUUAUCCUUGUAUACCAGCACAGUUUAACUUUCAAAAUAAUGAAAAGAUUCUAAUUUUAUUCAACAGUGGGGAAAUAAAGUAUGUUGGCCCCAGACUGGGUUUUACUGUGGUCCUUGUUUUGCCAUUGCCUAAAAACAUUUGAUAUUCUUGAUUUUGAUCUCCAUACAUAGUUUAAGUGUCUAAACACCAGGUUUUAAUAUUUAAGGCUAAGCUUAGAAAGAAAAACAUUCCCAGAAGAACAUGACAUGACCAAAUGGAAGUUAUCUCAUCCCCAAAUCUUUGACUCUACGAAUACCCCAUGCCUAUGUAGUCAUUGUAACCUUUAUCUCUGUUCUGCAGAUCACGUUCUUUGGGUUGCUCUAAAGUGAAAUAAAAGCUUAAGAACACAGGAAAUACUUGAAGUUUAGGUGGUUUGGCUUACUGGCAUAUUUCAUUUAUAAAAGUUAGAAAAACAAUUUGUGUCUAAAGAGAUGCUGUGUCCAGUAUCAUUUUGUGGAACUAUUUUGUUUCUGCUGUUUAAAAACAUGGCGUGUUAUUUAGGCGAUGCUUUCUCCUUGUACUUUUCCACACUUUACUUUAAGUUUUGCUAUUGUACAUGUAUGAAAUAAAAAAUAUUUUUAAAUAGCCACAG